GUUGGCCACUUGAUCUGGUCGGCGUGUGCGUGCACACGUGGUGAGAGAGGCGUUGAUAGAGCUGUCUGCGCUCGGAGGAGGGCUUUCUUCGUCCACUUUGCCCUCUGGCCUCUACCAAGGACAACGUAUAGCUUCUCAUCCUCUACCCUUCCAUUCUCAAGUCUCAACUUCGAAUUCCUUCGUUUUCAGGCCUUAAGAACCUCCAAGAUCGAAGCAAUUAGGGUAUCUAUUUAAUUCUUGGUUCAAUAAAGCCUUCCGAGUCCAUCACUUGAUGUGUUGGUCUGGAGAAUUCCAGGAUUUUUCUUGAUCCAGAGCCACGACUUCGCAUGAUUGGAUCCAUUCGCGGAUCGGUGGGAAGAAUAGGGUUGGAUUUUCAAAUUACUACUAAAGAUUCUUAUUUUUUAAUCCGUUACGUCGGUUUCUUGUUCCAAUGUUGUUGUUUAGGUGAUUCAAUGCUUAGUGAUUCUUUGUGACCAGACUUUGAGAUCGGAAGAAUUGGGAUUUUGUUGUAGCGACCAUGGAUUCGAGCAGAAGAGCUGUCGAGUCGUACUGGAGAUCUCGCAUGAUUGAUGCUGCAACCUCCGAUGAAGAUAAGGUUACUCCUGUCUACAAAUUAGAGGAAAUUUGUCAACUGCUCCGAUCUUCUCAUGUCAGUAUCGUGAAAGAAGUUUCUGAAUUCGUCUUGAAACGUCUGGAACACAAGAGUCCAAUCGUCAAACAGAAGGCUCUGAGGCUGAUCAAAUAUGCAGUGGGAAAAUCUGGUGUGGAGUUCAGGAGGGAAAUGCAACGCCAUUCAGUGGCAGUUCGUCAGUUGUUUCAUUACAAGGGCCAGUUGGAUCCAUUGAAGGGAGACGCACUAAAUAAGGCUGUCCGUGAUACAGCUCAUGAGACGAUAUCAGCAAUUUUUGCCGAAGAGGAAAGCAAACCGGCACCAACAGAAGAUCUUAAUAAGCGAAUUCAAGGAUUUGGGAAUACGAACUAUGAGAUGCCGUCUGAAGAUAAGAAAUCGUUUCUUAGUGAGGUUGUUGGUCUUGGAAGUGCCUCUAUCAAACAGGGACUGAGUAGCAUAACUGCAGCACAUUCCCUAAAGAUGAAUGACAAUGGGAGUUACAGGAGCCCAAAUCUACGCAGGUCAUUGACAACGGAACGCGAUGAUCCAGAUAAAUACGAGAGAUUUGAACAUCAAAGUGAAACUCUGGCGUCUUCUGGAAUAUCCAGAAAUAUAGGUGGUGGACCAUGGGGUCAGGAUUCAAGAGGAAGCAUGAAGGAAACAACAAAUGGCAGUUCUGGCUCAAGUUAUUCAGGGAGCAAGACUCGUGAGGAAAGGCUACUAGAGACCAUUGUCACAUCUGGUGGCGUGCGCCUACAACCAACUCGUGAUGCUAUACAGGCUUUUCUUGUGGAGGCCUCGAAGUUGGAUGCAAUGUCUUUGAGUUAUGCUCUUGAAUCAAAGCUUCAAUCUCCUAUGUGGCAGGUCCGUAUGAAGGCUGUCUGUGUCCUCGAGUCACUUUUGAGGAAAAAGGAUGAUGCUCAUUUUUCAAAUAUAGCUAUUUAUUUCAGUGAAAACAGAGAUUCUGUGCUGGGAUGUUCUGAAUCUCCCCAAGCUUCUUUGAGGGAAAAGGCAAAUAGGGUCUUAAGCCUUCUGGGUGGAGAGCAGAAUAUCUUAGCUGACCAUCUUCCAGAAAAUUCCUCAAGCGUGAAAGACAAAGCUGCUACUGUUGGUCCAAUGCCCGACUUAAUAGACACCGGUGAUGUAGAUGAUUCUUAUGGAAAGGAUGAUUUUACAGAAAAGCAAAGUGAUCAAGGUGUUGCAGAUUUGAUGACAUCAACCACCCCUGGUACUCAUGAUCUGUUUGGAGACAGCCUGGUUGAUGUAAGCUCCAGCCAACAAAAAAAUGAAGAGAACGACCUCUUUGCAGGUGUCUCUUUCCACACAACCGAAGAUGGAGAGCAUGUCAGUGACCUAUUUUCAGGAUUGACUGUUGAUGACAAGCAGGUUACCACUGAUACUCAAUUUACGGUAAAUAAAAAUGGAUCAGAACUAUUGGAUAUUUUUGGUCCCGGUGCUGAAGUUCUGCACGAACCAGUAAACCAUAAAAAAGAUGUCAAUGAUAUAAUGUCUGGUUUUUCUGUUAGUAAUGGAAAUACCCCGGAUAACAAGCAGCAACAUAGCUUUUCUGGUGCUGCCCUUUCAAAUCCAAGCAUCCAAUCAAGCCAUCCGUUGCCCAAUGAUGCUUUGAAUGGUUUAAUGGGACCUCAAAUGGCUGGGAUGAACCCAAAUGCUAUGUUUCCAUUGGGUCAUAUGCAGUAUAAUAUGCCUCCAAACAUCAUGUUGAACCCAGCUUUUGCUUCACAGCCAAUGAACUAUGGUGUGAUGGGAAAUUAUAUUGCACAACAGCAGCUUUUAGCAACAAUGUCCAACUUCCAACAGUUUGGAAAUCUGAGUGCUCAAGGAAAUGUUGCUCUUGGGCAUGUUCCUGGCAACAGUGGGGAAGGAGGGUACUCUUCGGCCCUCCCUGAUAUUUUCCAUCCAAAUGUUCCAACUCAAGUUCAGAGUACAUUGAUGAACAACUCAAAGAAAGAAGAUUCAAAAGCCUUUGAUUUCAUCUCGGAUCAUUUGUCGGCAGCUCGUGGUACAAAGAGGGUACUUUAAAGCUCUAUACAACCAAAUGCUCGACAGUUAAAAAGGCCUUUUACCAUAUGUUCAGCAGGUCGGAGGACGCUGUCUUGUUAAAACUUUCAACAGAGAUGGUUAAAUAUUCUUCUCAAAUAAACAGUUUUGAGCCUCAAAAACAUUACCAUGAUGCAUGAUCUUGCAGAUUCCUUUGGGGAUUUUUCAUGAAAUUUGUACCAUCAUUUUAUGGAAGCAGAUCACAGCUGCAUAAACUAUUUGGGGUUUUUUUUUUU